AUGAAUGAAUAUGCACCACUUGAUGAAGUGAGCAAUGCCAGUUAUGCUAAUUGUACAGAUAAUCCAGGUAUACUAGCAACAACCUCCACUACAAGUGAAGAUGUAAACUAUGAUGAUAAUGAUGAUAAUAGUGACGGUUGUAAUAUUUUUAUCAAAGAUUAUCACAACAUUUUAGAAAAAACAUUGGUAUCUUUAUGUGUUGGACCAUCCUUAUGA